UUCAUAAUUAUAUUUAGUGACCGUUUAUAUCCAUUAAUCACCUGUUCAGAAAAUGAGAUUUUUUCGUACAUUCAUAUGCUCUACUUUGAGCUUAGCUAUGUUAUCUUGUUUUAUACUAUAUCAAUGGCUGUCAAUUGACGUGAAUAAUGCAAUCACCUCCUCCAAAAUUGAUUCAAAACUUGCACUGCUCAUAACUAAUGAAUUAUCUCGUCUUUUAAGUCCAGAGAUACCUGCUGUUGAGGAUGUUGGAGAGAUGGUGAUGAAAACCUGGUUCAAAGAAGAAAAGGAAUUUUGUAAGAAAGUUUUGGAUGGUACUCAUCAUCUGUUCAGAAAUGAAGCAUGCCGAAAGGGUUGUUUAACUCCAAACCAGCCAGAAACCAGGCGAAGUGUUAUUAUCAUACCUUAUCGAGAACGUGCAGAACAUUUGGUGGAAUUGAUCCCUCGUCUAGUUGAAUUACUUACAAAACAGAAUAUAUGUCACCUACUGGUUGUCUCUGAACAGACUGAUCAAUAUCCAUUUAAUAAAGGAAUUAUAAUGAAUGCUGCGUUUGUUGAAGCGUUGAAUUGGAUACCAUUUCACUGUGCAAUAUUUCAUGAUGUUGAUCUUCUACCUUUGAACAAUGCUGUUCCAUAUUCAUGUUCAUUAUAUCCGAAGCAUAUAAGUUUAUGCGUAGACAAAUUUAAAAACAGGUUACCUUACAUUGAAUUAAUUGGUGGCGUCCUAUCUAUUCCACUAAAGAUAUUUCUCCGAGUCAAUGGAUAUUCUAAUCUGUUUUGGGGAUGGGGUGCUGAAGAUGAUGAUAUGCAUGAAAGACUUAUGAUAAACGGAAUUCCUGUAACUCGGCCUGAUCCAGAUGUAGCCCAGUUCACAAUGCUCAAACAUAAACCAAGUCGUGCAUUUCAUGUGACUCUAAGAACGCAAAUAUUAUCAUUCACAAAAGCAAGAUAUCGUCUUGAUGGAAUUAACAGUCUGAACUACACUCUGGUUGAUUCAAAAUCAAAUGGUCAAUAAAACUCCUAAUCCACACGACGAAUACAACAGAACAGCGUUCGUUUUUCAUGAAAGGAAUAGUUUUAAACCAACUGACAAGUACGAUUAUCGAAUAUUGCAUAUGAAAAUUUCUGUCAGUAAACCACCAGCUCAAUUCAUUGAAAAUAAUUCGAUAUGAAACCGAUACUCUCCUGUAAGAUAAUAAAAUCUGUACACAGGAUGCCGACAGAGGGAAAAAUAGUGCUUUUAUAAAGAAACAAGGAAUGUUAUUCACAUUUUAUGCUGUCAUUCAUGUUGACAAGGAUGACCAGUGGUCGAUUGAGUUACAGUAGCAAAAUCAUUCAAAUAUUGUUAUUUGUUUGUAGAUUGAGAUUACAAGUAUCUUCACAAACGGAAAAGCAAAAAGAAUAUAUAUAUGUUCUCUGCAUAAAAAUGGGCUGACGGUGAUGAUGUAACUUUUGUAGAAGAUAUUUAAAAUAUGGUAUUUAUUAUUUGUA